AUUCUAAAUUAAAUACCUUUAUUUGCUUAUGGCUUCUAAAGGAGAAAAUGGCUUGCGUGCUUUACGUCCAGCAGCAGUUGCACCUGAAUUGGUAGAUUAUUUUGGCAAUAAUCAAGGCAAUGGCAAUGUUGAACUGCAGUCAGAUUACAUCGCAAACAACAAAGAGGAAAAUGUAACACCUUUAGGGCCAAGUUACAACAGAACUGAACAAUUUUUGAGCAACUCUUUGGUCCCUGCGAAUCUUUAUACCACUGGACCACACCAUGAUCAACAACAGCUAUUCACCGCCCCAGUAACUUCUCAGAGCAAACAAAUCGGUACACAAUGUACUGAGCAGGAAAGUAAUGGACAAACACGAACUUAUUUCAUUCUACGAAGUACGAACCCGCUUUCACGGUCGGGCGUUUCGCGAGCCAUCCGAAGGAGAAGGAAACCUCGACGACACAGAAGGUUCUGCUCUGAUUGUAAUGCAAGUUUUCCCUUAUUACGACAGCUGGAAGAUCACAUGAUUGCGAUGCAUCUAAACAAACCACCAUCUGUAAAAGAUAACAAAUCGAACGAGGCCUUGGUUAAAAAUACUCAACCGCAGCAGAAAGCGAAAGCCAUAGAUUAUCGUCUAAUUUCUCCAAUAGUUGCACCCACACCAACGAUACGCUAUCGGAUGUGUAUAGAAUGUGGGCUAUGGUUUCCGUUGGAUGAGUACAACGCACAUUUGGAGCUCCAUCGAUUAAAGCCGUUGUAUCCUCGACAAUACGCUUGCCUUGGUUGUCAUAUUCAGUUUUUCACUUCUGAAGAGCUUACUGCCCAUGCAAUCCAAAUGCAUGGGGAAUAAUUUAGCGUCCUUUUCAACGGUAUAUAUAAAGGCAGCAGAAGACACUAGCACCAAACAAUCCAAUACCAGAGAUUACUUAUUACAAAAAGUAUCCUUACCAAAAAAUCGGACAGUGGCGUUACAAAAAGAAUUUGAAAGAUAAUUAAAAUUAAGCUUUUCCAGUAUAUUCUUUAUUCCCACUUCGUUGAAAUCGUGUUCUUAUUUUCCACGUUCUUUACCUUUUCGACUUACUGGUGUAAACUGCUUCUUAAAAAAUAAAUAAACGAAGCAUCAUGCA